AUGGGAUCCCAAAAUCUGGAGCCGAUCGCAAUCGUGGGAAAGCGCUUGUCGGUUCCCUGGAGGCGUUUAUUCUCCUUCGGCUCUGUGGAAAUUGCUGGAAGACCCAAAAGAUAUGGAAAACACCACGGCGCCACCAAUGUUAGGAAAUCCUAUCUCCUACAGGAAGACCUGCGCCUGUUCGACACUGCCUUUUUCAACAUCAGACCCAAUGAGGGGGAUUCGAUGGAUCCACAACAGCGGAUCCUCUUGGAGACUGUCUACGACGCCCUCGAGGCUGGCGGUCACACCGUGGGGGGCCUCCGGGGCUCCGACACGGCGGUAUUUAUCGGCACAAUGGGCGUCGACUAUAACGAUACCGGUAUACGCGACUUGAACACUGUCCCAACUUACUUUGCCACUGGAGUCAACCGUGCUAUUAUCUCCAACCGUGUGUCAUACUUCUUUGACUGGCAUGGCCCUAGUAUGACUAUUGACACGGCUUGCUCAUCGAGUCUCAUCGCCGUGCACCAGUCUGUAAAAGCCCUUCGCACAGGCGAGUCGCAUGUCGCCCUUGCGUAUGGUACACAAGUGAUCCUCAAUCCUGAAAUGUAUGUGAUUGAAAGCAAGUUGAAGAUGCUUUCUCCAACUGGGCGUUCGCGCAUGUGGGACGCCGACGCCGACGGUUAUGCUCGUGGAGAGGGUAUGGCGGCCAUUGUUUUGAAGCGCCUUAGCGAUGCGAUUGCAGAUGGCGAUCACAUUGAAUGUCUCAUCCGGCACACUGGGUCUAACCAAGAUGGCUAUUCCAAUGGCAUUACAGUACCCAGCACCGAAGCUCAAGCAGCACUGAUUCGGCAAACCUAUGCCCAGGCCGGGUUGAACCCGGAGCGGCGUGCUGAAGACAGGCCGCAGUUCUUCGAGGCUCACGGCACGGGCACCAAGGCCGGAGAUCCAAAGGAGGCUGCUGCUAUAUAUCAGUUUUUUGGUCGUUAUAAAAGCGCAGGCGGUACGCCCCUGUAUGUAGGCUCCAUCAAGACAGUGAUAGGGCAUCUCGAAGGCUCAGCUGGUCUCGCAGGACUCCUGAAGGCCUCUGGGAGCAUUCAGAACGGCAUGAUUGCCCCCAACCUCUUGUUUCAGCACUUUAAUCCGGACAUUGAGCCUUUCUACAAGGGACUCCAAGUCCUAACAGAGGUCGUCCCGUGGCCACAACUCCCGGCAGGUGUCCCGCGACGCGCCAGUGUCAACAGCUUUGGUUUCGGUGGAAGCAAUGCCCAUGCUAUCCUUGAGGAAUACCGGGGCCCGUCAGGCCAAAGUGAAGCUGCGUGCAACGGCAAAUUAUCUCAGGACAGAACAGGAGAGGUCAACGCCAAGGACCUUGCCUGGACGCUGCAGUCUCGCAGGAGCCAGUUUCCAACUGAACUGGCCUUGUCGGCGUUGAACAUCGAGGAAUUUGUGUCCAAAAUCGACGCAAAGCUUGCCCCGUUGGCUCAAAAUCCCAACAUAGCCAUUAGAACCAAGGCGAGCUCCAAAGCGGCAUCACCGAGACCCAAGAUAUCAGGCGUUUUCACGGGCCAGGGUGCCGAGCUGAUCAGGUCGUCUGCCUUCGUGGCUGAGAGGAUCGAUGACUUGGAGCAGUCGUUGGCGGCCCUUCCGCCCUCAGACCGGCCUCAAUGGAGUUUGAAGGCCGAAAUAAUGGCGAAUAGUAAUACGUCGCGCAUCGGCGAGGCUGCACUGUCACAACCCUUAUGCACUGCCAUUCAAGUCGUCCUUGUCGACCUACUGCAGUCGGCUGGUAUUAGUUUUUCUGCCGUUGUGGGACAUUCGUCUGGUGAAAUUGCUGCGGCCUAUGCCGCCGGGUUCUUCUCCGCCGACGACGCUGUACGCAUUGCCUACUAUCGUGGGUUGCAUGCACGACUGGCAGGGAAUGCGUCUACUGGCCAAAGCGGUGCGAUGGUUGUAGUGGGCACUUCGUGGGAAGAUGCACAGGAUCUCAUCAAUUUACGAACCUUCAAGGGCCGUUUGGCUGUUGCCGCUCACAACUCAGCAGCCAGUGUAACACUGUCCGGUGAUGCUGAUGCAGUCGCACACGCGAAGAGGAUGUUUGACGAUGAGAAGAAAUUUGCCAGGGCUCUCAGGUCUCGUGCUCGAGGUAGGCCCUCAUCCCCCGCCCUCAAGGGUCCAGCUACACAGAAUAUUGCCGACGUACGGCCAUCUGCCAUCCCCUACAACGAUGUCUUGAGCCGUGGGGCCCACGACGUCAACGCCUUCUCAGACGCCUUGGGGUUUGUUUGGACUCACCUUGGCGGCCAGCAUGUCGACUUUCAGAGUUACACAAAGCUUGUCAGUGACCAAGAGCGUCGACUAAAGCUCGUGGUCGGGUUGCCGUCGUACCAGUGGAAUCAUGCAAGACUACAUUGGAACGAAUCACGCAGGUCGAAGAGGCUUCGUGGACGCAAACAGGCUACGCAUGAGAUUUUGGGCACAAUCCUUCCUGAGUCCACCCCACAGGAUCUUCGAUGGUCCAACGUACUGAAAGUGUCCGAGGUGCCAUGGAUGGAGGGCCAUCAGCUUCAGGGCCAGACAGUUUUCCCAGCUGCGGGCUACAUCGCCAUGGCAUUGGAGGCAUCCAAGUUCCUAGCAGCUGACAAGCAGGUGAAGGUGUUUGAAGUGAACGAUCUGGCUAUUCCCAGAGCCGUCACAUUUGAGGAAGAGGAUACCUCUGGUGUUGAAACCCUGGUCACGCUGACGGACAUUCGGCAACACCAGAACCAGUAUGUCACGGCUAACUUCUCUUGCUACUCCCUCCCUAUUCUCAGCUCAGGGUCAGAGCAGGAGAUGGAUCUCAUAGCCACGGCCACUGUAAAAAUCGUUCUAGGCACCCCGAGAGUUGAGUCCUUGAUGGCACCCCAGGCAGAGGACUACAAUUUGUUCCCAAUUGAUGCCGAUCGCUUCUACUCGACCUUGGAGGGCCUCGGCUAUGGCUAUUCGGGCCCAUUCAAGACCUUUUCGUCUAUGCAGCGUCGGCUUGGCUAUGCUACCAGACAGGUGGCCACGUACGUCAGUUCGGGGGACGACACCUCACCCUAUGUUUUCCACCCGAGCACACUCGAUGUCGCUUUUCAUGCCGCCAUGCUUGCGUAUUCGAGCCCUGGCGACGAACGCCUAUGGUCUCUGCACGUUCCGACUGGAAUUCGAAGUGUCCGUGUUAACCCGGCCCUCUGUUCUUUGCUGCCGGCAUCGGGCACUCGUCUUCCCAUUCGUGCCUCUAUUGACGGGACGUCGACUUCAUUUUCGGGAUAUGUAGAUUUGUUGAGUGAGGACGGAGAGCACUCGGUAGUGCAGAUCGAAGAUCUCAGCAUCAAGACCUUCGCCCCGGCUACCGAGGCUGAUGAUCGGGUUCUCUUUACUCACACGAAGCUUGACAUUGCCGCCCCGGAUGGCGCCGCAGUCGCUGAAGGAGUACGUCCAACGUCACUGGGAAAGGAGCUGGCUCAUGCCUGCGAAAGGAUGGCGUACUAUUACGUUCGAAAAUGGGACUCGGAGCUAUCUGAGGACGAGUGGGCCAACGGGCAGCCACACUACAAGUACUUACACGACUGGGUGAAGCGUACCCUUGAUCUUGCCAAGAAAGGCCAGCACCCAACUCUGCAGAAGAAUUGGGCUAAUGACAGCGCUGAAGAGAUCUAUGCCCUUAUGGAUCAGUAUCCGGAGAAUCUAGAUGUGAAGAUGAUUCGCACAGUGGGAGAAAAGAUUCCGCCAGCAGUCCGUAAUGAGACGACCAUUCUGGAGCAUCUUUUGCAAGACAACAUGCUGGACGACUUUUAUAAGCUGGGCUCCGGGUUUCAGAGAUACAACCAGUUCUUGGCGUCGAUGAUGAAGCAGAUCACCCAUCGCUACCCUCACACUAAGAUUCUCGAAAUCGGCAAGUAUACCCCAUCCAUGUAUUUUGGUGCUGGUACCGGUGGAGCUACGAAAUAUGUGCUCAAAGCCAUGGGCGAUAAGAUGGUUUCGUAUACCUACACUGAUAUCUCGGUAGGAUUCUUCGCCAAGGCGGCUGAGAUCUUCAAGGCAUACAGCGACAAGAUGACAUUCAAGGUCCUUGAUGUGGAGAAAUCUCCAUCUGCUCAAGGAUACGAACAUCACUCAUAUGACAUUGUCAUUGCAUCCAACGUCCUCCACGCCACAGAGUCGCUUCACACAACGCUGGUCAACACACGCAAGUUGCUCAAGCCUGGUGGCUACUUGUUGCUUUUGGAGAUUACCAACAACAAAACCAUCCGCACCGGGCUCAUUUGGGGCACAUUUGCCGGCUGGUGGCUCGGCGUUGAGGAUGGGCACCGACCAUUAGUCCAGGCCAGUGGCAUUCGGCAUUGCGCAAGGCUGGCGUGGCCAUUUUCCAUUAUGGCAUCGCAAGCAGUCGAUGAUCGUGUGUCGUUCCUGCACCAGCCGCUCUCGUCCCUUUCGCCGCCCAUACACAAUGAAAGUCUAGUCAUCCUUGGAAACCAAAGCCUGCAAACAGCUCGCCUGGCAGAAGAGUUGGCUAAUAAUCUCAGGCGCUUCUGUGGCGAGCUAACAAUUCUCGACAGCCUACCCACCGACGAGGAAGCACUUGAUCUGGCGCCACAGAGUACUUUUAUCAAUCUGGUCGAUAUCGACUCGCCCAUCUUCAAAGACAUUACUAGUGAAGGGAUGGGAGGCCUGCAAGGCAUGUUUGAGCUGUCCAAGCACGUCUUGUGGAUUACGUCGGGCGCUCUGAUUGAACAGCCAUAUCACAUGUCGAGUAUCACCUUUAGCCGUGUCGUUCGUCGCGAGUCUGGUCACCUCGAUGUCUCUGACCUGCAGCAGUCUGAUGUGCCCAAAGCCAUUUCCAAGCACCUGCUGCAACUGGUUGCGCUGGACGAGUGGGAGACACCCAUCAUUGGAGCUGAUGGACAAGAAGACCAGCAGCGCAUACUUUGGUCCAAGGAGUCCGAGGCCUUUUUGGACAACGGAACUUUGCUGCUCCCAAGACUUGUCAACAAUGUUGAGCAAAAUGCCCGCCUCAUGGCCCUUAAUGUGCAGUCGGAUUCGUAUCUCUUCCUCGCCGUUUCCAAAGAGGAUACUACCGGCCGUCCAUUGAUUCUGCUUUCCACAACCAAUUCGGCGGCCAUGGCCCCAGUAGCAACGUUAGAAGUGCCCCUAGAUGCCAAAGCCUACGCCAAGAACCCAUCAGAGCCAAGCAGUCGCUUGCUUGUCACCGCUGCCAGUGAAAUCCUUGCCUCAUCGUUGCUCGACCGUCUGUCACCGGGAAGCAGCGUGCUUAUUCACUGCUCAGACAAGGACAGGUUCCUCACCGCGGCUUUGUCUCGCCGUGCAUCUCGCGCAGCUGUAAAAUUCGCCUUCACGUUUGAUGCGGACGAUAAAUCGGGCACGGAGGAGUCGGCUUGGGUAUCACUUAGCGGACGCGCAUCAAACUAUGGCAUAAGGAAGUCGAUGCCGAGUGUCAAACCUACUCACUUCCUGGACUUGACAGCUGCCGACAACCUUGGCACCAGCGCAACCUACCACACCACGAGCGCCGUGCACUGGCCUUCAACGGGUCUUGUCAAGGUGGGUGUGAGCUCGAUCGACAGCACCGGUCUCUUUUCAAGGGACAAGACCCAUCUCCUCGUAGGCCUUACCGGCAAGAUAGGGCAGUCCAUCGCCAAGUGGCUCGUUGCCAAUGGAGCUGCAUGUCAUGGAUCGAGAGCUUCCAGGGGACCGGUGGAGACGACACCCUUCGCGGUUGUGACGUCUGGUAUCCGUAACUUUUCCGAGGACGAGAACAUCAAAGGACCAUGGUUUACUAACCCCUUCUUCUCCCACUGCGUCAUCGACGCCAAGGUGGCCGAGCUGGAGUCUGACAGUUCAGACAAAAAGUCCAACAUCCCCGCAGCUCGACAGCCAGUCAAGGCAACGAGCCGAGAGCAAGCAUUAGACAUCCUCAAAGAAUGUUUUGCCACCAAGCUACGCGUGAUCCUGCAGCUGGGUAGUCAAGAUAUAGAUUACGAUGCGCCGCUCGUUGAUCUUGGCAUUGACUCCAUCGUUGCGGUCGAGGUCCGCUCGUGGUUUUUGAAAGAAGUCCGAGUGGACAUACCCGUGCUCAAGGUGGUCGGAGGGGCCCCAACCCGUAGCCCCGGAGCCCCGAAGCCCACGCCCCUCCCGGUGUCAUCCCUUGUUGUCGAUUUACACGGCCCCCCCUCUGAAGUCAGCGUCAGCCCCGCCGAGACACCUCUGCUCAGUGCUGGCCCGGCGAGCUCUUCGGCCACCGAGGCGUCGACCCGGUCCGGCUCUCCCUCGGAAGCCACGCGGCUGUCUCAGAAGGUCAGUUCCAAGCUCCAAUCCUAUUUCCCACGUCCCGAACCGGUAGCGGAGCGCAAGCGUCCUGCGAAACGGUUCAUCAAGAGCGUGCCCAUAUCGCUUGGGCAGUCGCGCUUCUGGUUCCUCCAGCAGUUAUUGGACGACCAGAGGACUCACAACGUGGCAUACUACUACCACAUCAAGGGCAACCUGGACGUGGGUGAUAUGGAGAGAGCCGUCCGCCUUGUCGCUUCUCGACACGAGGCUCUACGCACCUGUUUUGUACAAGACGAGACCGAUGCUUCCCAGGCUUACCAAAAGGUUCUCCCUAGUUCCCCAGUGCGCCUGAUCUGCAAGAAAAUAGACUCUGAAGAUGAUGUCGCUUCAGAGUACCAAAGCCUGCGGGCCCACGACCUUGACAUGGCGAGCGGCGAGCUGCUCAAGCUGGUUCUCCACACGCUCUCGCCGUCGUCGCAUUUCCUUCUAAUGUACCACCACCACAUCAUCAUGGAUGGCAUCGGUUUACAGGUUUUCCUUUCGGAUUUAGAAAAAGCAUACAAGGGCGAGUCUCUCGGGCCGGCCCCGAAGUGGUACCCAGAUUUCUCAAAGGCACAGCGCCAGGCCUUUGAGAAUGGCGAAAUGUAA